ACCAUCUGCCGUUCCACUGUGUCUCACCCACAGGCACGCACGCCACAGUCUCGGUAGGCUGGGUGUUCAUCGGCGCUGUUCUAUCCCCGCCUGACUGAGUCCACCUGGUGUAUUACCGUAGCAGUCUGACUUCUAGUUCUGACUGCUCGUCACAGCAAGGUGCACAGCGUUCACAGAAGGAGGAUGGGGAACACCUGCACAGUGGUAGACUGCUGUUUCGGGCUGCGCCAGCGCCAACAGUGCUGCUUCCCCUGCCUGCGCCUCUGCUCCUACGAUCACAGGCCGGUGUUCUACAGCCAGGACGGCAAGGAGGUGGUGCAGCCCCUGGUCGCCUUCUUCCGACCAAAUCAGCAGAGAGUCCGCAAACUACCGGUGCCAGGUCUGACCUUGGACCCAGACGACCUUAACCUUGGCCUUGGACCGGUGGAGCAGAUCGCGGCCGUUUGCAAGCAUGCGCAGGACAACGACUUGCGGGUUCGCGCGGUGGGCCGAGGUCACGCCAGGGUCACACUCACCAGCGUGGAGGACAUCCUGAUUGACAUGACGACCCUAGACCGGGUCCUGGUGCGCCACAGUCCAGAGACAGACGUGCAUCACGUGGUGGUGGAGGCGGGGAUGUUGGCGGACGACUUCGCCCGUGAACUCCAGCACGUCUACGGCCUGGCCGUGCCUGCGUACGGCAACUUCUCCGGGCACACCCUGGGCGGGCUCAUCAGCACCGGCGGGCACGGGUCCGGGUAUGCCAAAAAGAUCCUGGCGGACUCGGUGGUGGAAUUGCACAUGAUAAUCGAAGGAGGAAUCCAAGUGAAGAUUCGCCGGUGCAACGUUUCCAAUCAGGAGAUCGACGUUCCAUUCGACGACAUCCGCGACAGAGUCCGAAACGCGAACGUGCGAAGCGAGCCGAUCGUCAUCCUCAGUACCGAAGUGUUCCGAGCUGUGGCCGUGGGGCUCGGGUCACUGGGGGUCAUCUAUUCCAUCACCAUCCGCUGCGAGCCUUCGUUCAACAUCGAGGAGUUCCGAACCCCGAUCGAGAUCUCGUGGCCCGGCGAGCGGCUGUCGGGCUGCUUCGCCUUCCCCUCGGGGUUCGUCGACAUGUACACUGUCGAUCACGAGUUCAGCACGUUCGUGUUGCACCCUAUUCCCGACCCAACACGGGGCCAGGUCGAGCCUGGGUACGCGGUCAUCCACGGGAUCUAUUUCGGCGGAAAGAGGACAGGAGACCCGCCGGCUAGCCACAACUGCUGCCCCUGCUGCCCCGGGAGCAGGGGAUUGCUUGGAUGCCGUAUCUUACAGAAUGACUGCAUGGCCACCACCUUGCUGUGCGGUACGUCCUGUUGUGCGCGUCAGGUCCCCAUGGUAACCAAAAAUACCAUCCGGAUGCUGUCACACCGUAGCAGCUACGUUCAUCAGUGGCACAAAGUCCUGCAGCUCACUCCUGAUGUCAAUGUUGUCAGUAUGGAAUGGUUUGUGGCUCUGGACGAACUUGAAGCAGCGGUGGCUGACGUCAUCAGCAUGGCGGUGACGUACGGAACGAAGUGUCAGCACUUCUCUCUGCUGCCCAUUGCAUGCCGGGUCCUGGAAGCAGACGACUUUUACCUCAGCCCGACCUGUCAGAGCCGUGUGGCAGAGGAAUCCAUCACCCACUACGGCUGCAUUGAGGUACCAUUUCUUCCUGGCGAGUACGGAGCUGCACAAUUUCACAAGGUCAUCGACGAGCUCCUCUACGAGAAGUACCAAGCACGACCGCACUGGGGCGCUUCUCACCUCCUCACCCAACCGCGGGUGCGGAAGAGCUACCCCGAGCUGGACAAGUGGCUUCAAGUCUACCGCCUCUUCAACAAGAACGGUACGUUUGGGAACACCUUCACCGAGAGGUGUGGGUUUGACGAUCUAGACGCGAGGAAGAAAAGCCAGUCCAUCUCGCGAACGAGGUCAUUCCGGAGAAACAGACGGGGCUUCGUGGACCAGCGACCCGACUCCAGCAUAUUUGCUACAAUAGACGAAGUAGACGACCCUAUCAUAAUGUCGGAGUCGUCUGUGUAGGUUACUGCAGGACUGCUUGCUUCUCCAGAUUGCCUCUCCAUUAAUAUCUGUCCAUGUUGUGUGUUGUCUGCGUUUAUUUGUUCUACAUGCAACCAAUGUAGCCUUUCAUAUACGGAAGGUAUUGCCCUGGUCACACUCGCCGUACGACGGUCGUACGACCGCAAACCAAUGACAUUCUUGGGAAAGUCGUGCAUAUAUCGUAUAGAAUUGUAAGCUUGUUACGGGACAGGCUGGCUUAGAUUCUUGGUGGUGGUUGCUUCUGCCACAGCCUGCUUGAAUGUUCAACCCAUCAAAUUCGUUUGACUACCUACGACGAUUGUGACCAAACGUAUACGCGCUAAACAUUAAAACAAUGGCCAGGGAAAAUGUUGAAGUCAGAUUUCUCUUAUGAACAUUUGAAUGCCUUAGAACAGCUUGCAGGGUGUGUAGAGCAUGACGAAGUCUUCUACACUAUAACGCCCUUCUUGAAGUACUAGUAAUACUUUUACGUUUGAGCUUAAGACUGGAUACAUGUACAGCUAAGAUUAUGGAUAGAUGAAAUUGGCUCGUGUAAAAUGUGACACUAAACUUAUUGGGUACACGACUUACGAUGAUUUUGAAGCCACUAAACUGAGUACAGUUCUAAAUACAUUUAUUCAUUCAGCUAUGAUUCUAACCAUAUAAAGAUACACAGAAUUCACUUGGAAAUUAAAUGAUGAUUUCACCUGUA